AUGGCAACAGGAAGGGAGCGUCGCGAAGGGAAGCUCAACGAGCGGCUCCGUGGUGCCGGGCGAGCAAACAUCGGCGACAACGAUACGUUCAACCUCGACAUCCCCAGCAUCGCCACCGGACCAGCCGUCCAAAGUUCGAGCUCACCAGGCUCGCUACCCUCGCACCCCGCUGCUCAAUCAAGUCUUCCAACCAGGACAACUAGUAACGCACCGGACACCCGAGAGGAGACAGAAUCGCCGUAUCAGCCUGCCGGAGGCGCAGAUGUUCCAGGCCCUCGCAGCUCAAGCGCACCGGUAUCAGCACCGUCCGAACGCGAUGACCCUGAACCGGAUGAACCAGAGCCCGUGCAGCCCCCGUCAAGCGCCGGGUUUCGGGGAGCACCUCGAGUGGUCAGAAACAUCACAGAAGAGAUUACGGAAAGUCCAGCCGGAAAACCUGGGAGCGGUCACAGGCAGCGCAUCAAUGAAGCAGUCAACAUCGGCGGGGCAUCGACGGGACGCACACCGGACAUAAGUGAUGAGGACGACACACAAACGCAGCCAUCAUCGCCACUCGCAAACAAGAAACGGACGAGCAAUGUCUCACGACCAUCAAUUCCAGCAGUGCCCGAAGAAUCAGAAGAGGAGAGGGGGGAGGAACCAAGCAAUGAAGGUCGCAUUCGUCCACCACAACGACCGGAAAUGGCGAGGAAGGAGGCGGUGGUCGUGGAAGAAGAGGAGGAGGAGGAGGAGGAGGAGCCUGAAGAAUCAGAUCACUCCGAUGAAGAAGCUGUAGAGAUUGACGAUCGAAGGGCAGCUCAAUCCAUCGGUGCAAAGCGCCCUAGGCCUAACAAAACACGGUCUCCAGAACUAGGUUCGGAGGAAUCCGAAGACAGUCAGCCCGAGGAACCGGUGCAAAAGAGGCACCGCAGAAGCCCAGCAACCCAGAGGCAGCCUGCGAAGCGACCCAAGCCACAGGCAAAGAAGAAACGCCAUAGUUCAGGAAGUGAUCGAGACGAUGACGCAGCGAUUGAAAUUACUGUCCAACGAUUUGUCAACAAUUUUGCCCAAGCCGCUGAUGACGAAGAUGAACUACAGCAGGAGAUUCCAUUUGCAAACCGUGGUGGAGAGACAGUAGUAGAUGUUUUCUCACAGGUCUGCGAAGAAGUGAUUUCUUCGACUUUGGAAAACCUCCAGAAGAUGUUGCGGUCUUCUGAUGAUUUGGGGAAGAAGAAGGAGCUGAGAGUCAAGAUGCGUGCCAUCGGGGCGUAUCGGGAAGAGCUCAAUUCUCGGCUGCUCCAACAUGCUAUUCAUUUAAAUCACUGGCAUUCUUUACGGAGACGUCUUCGUCAUGUUCAGAAGGAGAAGUUGGCACUUCGAGAUGAAAUUAUUCGGUUAAAGGGAGAAAGGGAACAAGUGGCGCUUCGGAUGGAUGCUGUCCGUAUCAAACAUGAAGCUGACAGCAAAGAAUCAACAUCUCGUUUAAAUGCGUCCUCUCUCAUGCACGACAUCGAUUUGGCGGUCGAACAAGGUCGAGAAGCCCCAGAACUAUCUCGCAAGGCAGAGAAGGAAGCCGAUCUGGGCAAUCUCGACCUGGUCCUGGCUCAAAUAUCAGACCAAGUUAGCUCAACGAGCUCAACUGGCGGCCUGCUUCGACAAGUACAAGAUUUCAACGCGUUUCUGGAACGAGCAGCCGCAGCACUUGAAUCAGGAUGA